AUGCCACUAACGUUAAGUAAUAUUUAGUACCAACAUAAUUUCACAAUCUGUAGUAUUUUGUUUGUCUCUCUCCUAUGUAACUGUUGUUUAAUCCAUAAUUUUAAAAAGGCAUGUUGUCUCUUAUGUUUGUUCCAUAGACGUAGGCAAGCUGUUACAAGUACAGAAUGGCACUCCUGCAAACACGACCUACAGUGGGGUUGAUGCCGUUCAUGCCUGUAACAUCCUCCAGCAGCUCAAAGCCUUGUAUGAUGAAGCACAGCUCACAGACAUUGUCGUUGAGGUGGACCAUGGCAAAAGAUUUUCGUGUCACCGAAAUGUCCUUGCAGCAAUCAGCCCUUACUUUAGGUAGGUCAGAUAUGUGUGAGGCGUUUGCUUGCUUCUAGUCCUUUACAUUUGGGAUAUCACUUAGAGUUGAGGGAAAUGUAUUAGCUAUGCUGAGUUUUUGAAGGGUCAAACUUUUAUAUGAUAACAAAUGCCGCAACUAGCCCGAGUGCCAGUCUGUUUGCGCCAUCAUGCCAACUCUGCCACUUAUUGUCAUGUCAAUGACAGCAAUGGGGUAGGCAAGAGCACAAACAGAUCUGGGACCAGAAUAUGCUGCAACACCAUUCAAGAUUUAUGCACUUUCAGUUGUAUUUCCUCUUCUUCCUACCAGGUCCAUGUUCACCAGUGGCCUUACAGAGAGCAGCCAGAGGGAGGUGCGGCUCGUCGGGGUUGAGUCUGAGUCCAUGCACCUGGUCCUGGACUAUGCCUACACGUCCAGAGUCAUGCUCUCCGAGUCCAAUGUCCAGGCCCUGUUCACGGCAGCCAGCAUCUUCCAGAUCCCAGCCCUGCAGGACCAGUGUGCCCAGUUCAUGAUCAGCCGCCUGGACCCCCAGAACUGCACCGGGGUCUACAUGUUUGCAGACGCCUAUGGCCACCAGUUGCUGAGGGAGCGCUCCCAGGACUACAUACGCAAGAAGGUUGGUUUUAUUCUAAGAACAAGCUGUUCUGUUCCACUGUUAUGCUUCACUUUGCUCACCUUUUGGGAAGGAUUAAUGUAUGGAACUGUUGUUAAUAUGGCCUUAUAACUACAGUAAUGUGAGAACACAUUGGGGUAGAUGACACAGUAAAUAAGAUUUAGAUAAGUUUCCCAGGUCUGCAUCUGUUAGUUGAGCAUGCUGUGACAGAUGAAAUGUGACAUGCGUGUUGUGCUGUGUUGCAGUUCCUGUGUGUGGCAAGGGAGCAGGAGUUCCUCCAGCUCACCAAGGAGCAGCUGGUGAGCAUCCUGAACAACGAUGACCUGAACGUGGAGAAGGAAGAGCAUGUGUAUGAGAGCAUCGUGCGCUGGCUGGAGCACGACAGCCCUCGCAGGGAGGCCCACCUUGCUGAGGUGUUCUCUCAAUGCAUCCGACUGCCCCUCCUGGAUGAUUCUUUUCUCAGCCGCAUCCCGGCCCCCUUCGCCUGCGCCCUCUCCCUGUCUAGAGAACCUGCCGAAGCCAAGGCACGUCUCAACGGCUGCUCUCAGCGCCUGGGCAUGACCGCCUCCGAGAUGGUCAUCUGCUUUGACGCAGCACACAAACACUCAGGGAAGAAGCAAACCGUGCCUUGCUUGGACACUGCUGCUGGGAGGUUGUUCAAGCUCUGCAAGCCCCCCAAUGACCUGCGGGAGGUGGGCAUCCUGGUGUCAUCAGAGAACGACAUCUUCAUCGCCGGGGGCUACCGCCCUAGCAACAGCGAGGUGUCCAUCGACCACCGGGCGGAGAGCGACUUCUGGCAGUACGAGCAUGCAGGGAACCGUUGGCUGGCGCGUUCGCCCAUGCUGCGGGCCCGGAUCGGCUGCAGGCUGGUCCACUGCUGUGGGAAGCUGUACGCCCUGGGGGGCCGUGUGUACGAAGGGGACGGAAGGAAUGCACUGAGGUCAGUGGAGUGCUACGAUGCCAGGGAUAACUGCUGGACCGCCGUCAGCCCCAUGCCUGUAGCCAUGGAGUUCCACAGCGCUGUGGAGUACAGAGACCGCAUCUACAUCCUCCAAGGUGAGUCGGGAUAGUGGAGCGACUAUGCAACCUUGAAAUGCAGUGGGAAAAAGAUACAGGAGAGGUGUUUUAUUUUUCCAAGUAAGUUAAUUGAGAACACGUUCUCAUUUACAGCCAAUACCUGGGGAAUAGUGACAGGGGAGAUGAAUGAGCCAAUUGGAAGCUGGGGAUGAUUAGGUGUCCAUGAUGGUAUGAGGGCCAGAUUGGGAAUUUAAAAUCAAAUCAAAUCAAAUUUUAUUGGUCACAUGCGCCGAAUACAACAGGUGCAGACAUUACAGUGAAAUGCUUACUUACAGCCCUUAACCAACAGUGCAUUUAUUUUAAACAAAAAAGUAAGAAUAAAACAACAACAAAAAAGUGUUGAGAAAAAAAGAGCAGAAGUAAAAAAUAAAGUGACAGUAGGGAGGCUAUAUAUACAAUAGAAUAAAGUGACAGUAGGGAGGCUAUAUAUACAGGGGGGUACCGUUGCGGGGGCACCGGCUAGUUGAGGUAGUUGAGGUAAUAUGUACAUGCCAGGCAACCGGGGUUAACAUCCCUACUCUUACAAUAAGUGGCAUGGGAUCUUUAGUGACCACAGAGAGUCAGGACACCCGUUUAACGUCCCAUCUUUAAGACAGCACCCAACACAGAGCAAUGUUCCCAAUCAGUGCCUCCUACUGGCCCUCCAACACCACUUCCAGCAGCAUCUGGUCUCCCAACCAGGACCAACCCUGCUUAGCUUCAGAGGUAAGCCAGCAGUGGGAUGCAAGGUGGUAUGCUGCUGGCAGGUGUAGGAGACUAAAUAAAGUGUAUUUGAAAGCUACACUUCAUUUCUUUUUCAAAAUGUGUCUUAACACUGGUGCUUCUUUUCUCUGUUUAACAGAUGAAUACUUCUUCUGUUUCGACCCUCGCAAGGACUACUGGGGCCACUUGUCCCCCAUGAGUGUCCCCCGGAGCCAGGGUCUGGUUGCCUUACACAAGAACUGCAUCUACUACAUCGCUGGCAUCUGCAGGAACCACCAGCGCACCUUCACCAUGGAGGUCUACGACAUCGAGCAGAACACCUGGGCCCGCAAGAAGGACCUUCCCUUCGACCAGGCCACCAGCCCCUACAUCAAGGCCCUGCUCCUCCAGGGCAAGCUGCACCUGUUUGUCCGAGCCACGCAGGUCAUGGUGGAGGAACACGUGUUCCGUACCAGCAGGAAGAACUCCCUCUACCAGUACGACGACAAGGCGGACGCGUGGACCAAAGUCUACGAGACGCCUGACCGCCUCUGGGACCUGGGCCGCCAUUUUGAGUGUGUGGUGGCCAAACUGUACCCACAAUGUCUUCAGAAAGUGCUCUGAGAGGGCCAUGGGGAACGGGUGGCAGGUAGCCAAGCAGUUAGAGCAUUGGGCCAGUA